AUGCAGAACUUCCUAAGGCUACUGAGGGCGCAUGAGGACAGCCACUCUCUCCCACAAAAGCUGGUGACUUUUGCAGGCAAGCUGUGUCAGGACCUUCAACAUAACUUCGUUCAAGUAAUGUCUUUGGUGAAAGCCAUUCUGGAGAGCCGGCACCGUCGGCAUCUGCUAGACAGUGCGGAUGUGGCGUUGGUGUGUGUCCGGGUCCUGGUCCAACAGGAGCAGUACCUUCCAGCCAUCCAGAUUUUAGAGGGGUGUAGGGUGCCAGGACGCACCCAGGAGCUGGUCCAACUCUGGAAUGACAUUCACUACCACCUGACCAUGGGAAAGCUAGGUGUCACCAUGCUGAGCCCGGUGCAGAAGUUCCGUUGCAGGAAGAGGAACCCAGCGCCCACAAACCUCUGCCCUGAGGGCCCGAAGAACCGGAACUUCCUCCCAGGGAUUCGGCGCCACCUGCACAAUUUUGCCACAAGUGUGGGUGUUUAUCCCAAGAAGGCCCAGCUGGAGAAACUGGCUUUGGAGACCAGCCUGACUCCUGAGCAGGUGUACAACUGGUUUGCCAACUACCGACGGCGUCAGAAGGCUCAUCCCCUGCGCAUUCAAAGAGCCCGGGAAGCCACAUCAGGAGUCUCCAGUGCAAAGGAGAGUGGUCCUGGACCAUUGCAGCUCCCAGGAAACCAUCCUAAGUCUGCAACUGUGUCUCAGUGCAGCAAUACGUCUGUUUCUUCUGUGGCUACCCCUGAAUCAUGGAGGAUGCCCCAUGCGCUGUCAUCCUCCAAGGAAGUUUUCCUCCACACGGGGCAACCAAACCAUAGAAACCAGCUGAACUCUGGGAUGGAUCGUGAUGAUGCCACCAUGCCAGUGGCCAUUGCUGCCGUCCGUGAUCCCAGCCAUGCAGUGAAACCCAGAGUGGCUGGAAUCCGGAUAGACGCCUGCCACAAAUUUCCCAGAUUAUUCCUCACUUAUGUCUACUAG